CUCAAGUAACACACACAUACCCACACGUAACACACACGUAACACACACGCGCACACAUACACAGACUCACCCUCAUGAGCACAACCUCGCACGUGUUGCGAGCACACACAUUCAUACAUACUUGUGUGCACACACAGACUAGACAUACAUACACGUUGACUCACACACUUACUGUGACUUACCGUCCUCGUCUCUCUCCCCCGUCUCUUCUGUCUUUUCUUUUAGAUGAAUGAAAAUACUGUUUUAUUAUUUUUACUUCUAUAGUUUUAGUUUUAUGUCUAUGUGUAAAGCUUUAUGUCCAUUACUUUGUGUGAGCUUGUCAACAUUUAUUUAUCUUUAUGUCCAUGAAUUAUUACGAAUUUGGUUGCUUCACAACAGGGCACCUGAACAGCUUAGCUUUUUCUCUGUGAGCCGCUGUGUUAUAGUGGACACAAAAAGAAAAACAGCUCCACUGGAUACAAACAGGAAGCGCUUGACUCACUCUCUUAGCUCACACGAGAGGGACCAUAUCCGACCUCUGACAACAAGCCGGCCUCACGGCUCUGCCUCAAGUGUAUGUUUGUCUGUCUCUGUGUAGAUAGAUGUCAGUGAAUGACAACGCGUGGGGCAGCCAGCUCUUGUCUCUCAGUUGUCCCUUGCUGUGCUGUGUUGAGCACACCCUACUUUGACUGCACUCCUCUGGAGUGUUGUGUGUCUAUCUCCCCCUUCUCCCACAAGUGAUUAAUUUGUCGGGGUGGGACCUGUUUGUUGACUUUUGUUGUUUUUCUAUCUUGGACUUUCCCGAAUUAUUUUUGUAGCCGGACUUUAGCUUCGUGGAAUACAGACUUCUCACACAUACGAACGUGAAUGUGGAUAGGCUUUUUACGACAAUUAAUUCUAUGUUUCGGAGGAUACUGUUUUACUGGAAUCUGCUACAGAAGGUUUAAUUGACUGGGUGCUUCGACCUUACCUUCUUCAUGAACCAAGUAUUUGGACUCUUCGGCACAUCGACACGCUUGUCCUAGUGGAUACUUGUUUUUACCAAACACAGGAUUUGUGAGAAAAGCGCUUUAUGUCUUUUAAGAUUAUUGUCUGAUUCCGGAUAGACUAAACCGGAAUCCUUGGCCAAACGCACCGAAAGUUUUCCAACAACGUGAAAAGAUUGGAUAUACGCCUUGUUUCCUUUUCACUUGUAUGUACCAUAUCAGUUUCCUCUCUUUCUGAGGGGAGUAUUUUUUUGAGCGGAACCGCAGCUAUUUGCUUCACUCCGCUCGUGUUGAAAUUGUUUGUGUGUUCCCCACUCGCGCGUUCUUAUGUCUGUAGAAUGCGCGUCGGCCAUGAGUAACCUUCAGGGCGAAAUCCGCAUGGAGCCACUCAUGGCGCGCGACCCGCCCCGGCACAUCCACCUGCAGCCCGUGUGUCCAGGGGAGACGUGCUGCGACUCCCCGAUCCGACACCAACGCACGGCCAGCCUAGGACGCCACAGCUCCCGCGACGCGCUGCCCGGCUACAAGGUCAAGGACAACCUCUACAACAAGACGCUGUCCUGGUUGAGGAACCUCAAACCCUGGACCAAGCACGGUUCGGGCUCCAAUGCCGCCUCCUCCGCCGCCAACGGCGACAAAGACUCACCAUGUUUCCUCGGCAAGUCCGACAAUCACCACUCGCACCAGCGUAUGAAGUCGUCCAAGUCGGACAGGAACCUGGCGGGCCACCUCAGAAAUCUGUCUGUGGACGCGGGCGACGCGGCCGUCGGGGCGAAGCUGAGCCGUCACAGGCCGGGCUCUCUCAGCUUCCGCGAGCGGCACCACCCGCCAGGACGCUACUCCACCUCCCUGUGUCCGGACACCGACUACAGCCACGCGCUGGACACGGUCCAGCACUGCUAUCAGCACCGCUACCAACCGCCCUCGUCAUCGUCAUCUUCUCACGGGCUGCACCACACCCACGGCGGCAUACCUUCUCAGCAUCAUCACCAUCAGCAGCAGCAUCAGCAGCAUCAACAGCAGCAGCAGUAUCACCAACAACUUCAUCAGAUGGCGGCGAAUGUGGAGUACCGUGGACGCCCAAGAGGUGACUCGGCGGUGUCCGGCGACAGGACGAGUUAUAUACCCGACUACUCUGUGACCUCUCACGGGACCUACCCACAGGCCCAGCAGCAGCUUUCACAUUCUCAGACGGCACCGGGCGUGUCAGCGACAAGGGGAGGCGAACCCCAGCCCGCGGUCGACACACGUACCCACGCCACCAACGGCCACCAGCUCAGAAUCCCGACCUCAGCGUCCCACGACGGUAUCUCCAGCUCAGACUUCUACGGUUUUUACUACCCGCAUCACUUCCCCCCGCACAACCAACACCAGCACCAGCUGCAGCACCUGCCCCCGCCCCAGCAGCACAGCAGCAGUCAGCCACAGCUGGACCAGGACCAGCAGGAGCAGCAACAGCUCUCCAACUCCGCCCAGGCAGCGGCGGUCUCCGGCUCCACCGUCACGCGCAUCCUUCGGGAGAAGCUCUUCGGGCGCGCCAAGAGCUCCAUCAACCUUAACACCGACCAAGAGAAGCAACACCACGCCUCGAGCUUCUCCCAAGGCCACCCUCCGGCCGCUCGCGGCGGGAUGACCGGCUCCGUGUCGUCCCACUGUGUCGGGGCGCCCGAGUCCGCCACGGCUGCGGUCAAACUGAGGACCAAGAAGAGCAAGCCUCUGACCUCGGAGCACGUGUACGUCGUGAACCGCGAGCAGAAAAUGUCCCGGCCUCGUUCCUGCGCCACCCUGCCGCACGAUGCCAAACUCGG